AUGGUUUGUGGUGAUGUGAAGAGCAUGGAGGUGAGUGGCCAUCCUCCGCCAGAAUGUUCACGGAAACCUGCAGCGGCUGCCAUAAGUGAUGUGGGGGUUGAUGAGAUAAAGAAGGCAUACAGGAGAAUGGCUCUUCAGUGCCACCCUGAUGUUUGUCUUGAUCCCACCACAAAGCAAGAGUCCACCAGAAGGUUCAUGGAGGUCAGGAAGGCUUAUGAGAUGCUUUCGGAUCCGAUUUUGCGAAACAUGUAUGAUUUUGAGAUGGGUCUAGUUGGAUCAGUUUGUGGGGAGGAGAGGAGGCUGAGUUUCAACAAGAAAGUGUGGGAAGAUCAGCUCCAGGGACUUGCCAGGAGGGCCUGCAGAAGAGGAAAGGAGAGAAAAAAAAAAGAUACAAUGUAG